ACUCACACAAGUUCUAAAGUUGCAUGCUUACACUACAUACAUUCACCGUAAAUCAUGGCUUCCUUCCUGCCCUGCCUCACAACCUCCGUCCUAUGCUUCCGUCCGGCGGUAACCUUACCUGUCUCUGCACAUCGUCUACCUAGCAUCCACUACACACGUCAGCACUUGUCGAACACGAGGUUGUUUUGUUCUCCGGAAGAUAACACGGUGCCAAAAAUCACAUUCGACCUACCAUUUCUGAAACACCAAAUGGCUGUUAUGGCGGGAGUUCCGUCAAUGCUAAUCACCGUGGACAACCAUGAAGAGCUGACCGUAAACGUGCCCGGAAUGUCAAAGACGGAGACCGAAAACGGCCUGUGCGUAUCCAUACAGAUGCCUGGAUUACGUAUGCCAAAGGGGAAAUGUCAAGCAGUUGCUUAUAGUAAUCUUAUUGAGGACAACAAUUUGCUCAUUUGUCUAGAAACAAGUAUCACUAAACAAAUUUACCUUGCUGGCAUUAAGUUACCGCGUAAUAUUGACCUAAAUGGUAAUUUGGAUAUGUUGAUUUCAAAAGGAGUGUUUAAUUUAACUCUUCCGGUACUCAAAACCACUGAUAAUUACAUCAUGCCUGAUUUCGUUGAUGCUACGGUUAAACUCCGUCGCCCUACGGCUUACUGUGUUGUGUUUGAUCGAUCAAAGCUAGGAAUGGAUCUUUGUGAAGUAAUAGCGCACCCGGGGGUGAAGAGUAAGUCGUUCACAGCGUAUACGAAGGAUACGGGUGAUAGCAUAUACAUCAAGGGGAAUCUGCCUGGGCUGGAGAAGAUGAUGGUUACUAGGGAGGAGUUGUGUGUGUCGUUAAGCAUCCCCGGGUUUGAGUUAGAGGACGUGGAGGCCAGGUUUGAGUACGACACGUUGAUUGUUGAAGGGAAAAGAGAGGACGAGCACUACAUUGCGGGGGUGCAGGUACCGGAGGGAUUCCGUAAGGAGAAUGAUAUGAUGAAGAGAGAGAUGCAAGAUGGAGUGUUUAAGGCUACUCUUCCCCAUGUUGAUCGCUAGAUGAUUAGCUAUAGAUAUGUUAAUGUUAGUUUUAAAUCUAAAAAAACAGUGGACUUAAGUAGGUUGGUAGGAAUUAAAUCAAAGUGGCCCUCCUUAACUUUGCUUGUGAGUUGUAAGGGUUAUUACUUACUAUUAGUGUCCUGGUCUUUUGUUGCACUAACUAAUGGAUGAUUGAUUAUAUAUGAAUGAAUGAAGUGGCUUAUUACA